UUUGAUAAAAGUUUCGUAGAGAUUGAAUAUCCAUUAACGAUGCCAGAGAUGAAAGAAACUGACGCGGAUGAUGAUUCUAGUGAUGAAUCUGAUGAUGCUUCUCUUGAAAUCUUAGACAAAUUUCCACUAUGCCCAAGAAAAUCAAAGGAGAAAUCUUCGUUGCCAUGUCCACGGCCUCACAAGAAAAAAAGAACAAGUUCAAGUGGCAACAUUGAUUUUCCAGCCAAAAGACAUGAUCAAGGCACGUCUAGCACCCCGAGAUUCCUAAAACGAACACAAGUCGUUCGUGGGAGGAUGCAUCCAUUGACAACAAGUGGAAAAGCUUUAGCUCUUCAGAGAGCAAAAGCAUACAAAUCUGACAAGCCUUCUUUCAUAGUCCCCAUGCAUCGUUCUUAUAUCGGUCGACAUCCAAUGUGGUUGACAUCCGAUUUUUCCAUCCUUAUGGGACAUCUUAGUAAGAAUUCUGCCAACGUUAUCCUGUGGGAUUUGGGUGGGAGAGCUUGGGUUGUUGAAUUUAUAGCAAAACCAAGGGCCAAGUUCCAGUCUGGUUGGCAUGAAUUUGUGCGAGGCAAUAAUUUGAAUAUUGGUGAUGUGUGCGUCUUUGUGUUGAUUGAUGACACUAGACUUGUGUUUGAAGUUGUCAUUUUCCGUGCUGUAGAAGCUGCAAAUUGCACCUUGUCACCAGAUGUUGAUGGGGAAGAAACUGAUGAGGAUGAUGAUUCUGUAGAUAGUUUGGAUGACUUUCCACCAUGCCCUAAAACAAGGAAGAUAUCUCCAAUAGCACCACAGCCUCACAAGAAAAACAGAACAUGUUCAACUAGUAAAACAAAAAAUAUCGAACAUGUUUGUGGCUCAUCUAAGACUCGAAAAUUCGUAAUUCGAAGACCUGAGGUUCCAAGGAGGAUGCAUCCAGUUGCAGCAAGUGGAAAAGAUAGAGCUCUUCUGAGAGCUAAUGCUUACAAAUCUAAAUACCCUUCUUUCACGGCUGCUAUCCAUCCGACAAAUAUAUGUGGAUGUUAUUUGGCUUCGCCAGCCGAGUUUGUCAAGGAACAUCUUAACCAGGCUCAUGAUAAGGCCAUCCUUCGUGUUUCGGAUGAAAGAACUUGGCAUGUCAACUUAUGCAAAUACGGCAGGGCUUUCAGACUCCAGAGAUGGAUGAGAUUUGUGCGAGAAAAUGAUUUAAAAGUAGGUGAUGUGUGUGUGUUUGAGUUGAUUAACAACAUCAAACCUUUAUUUAAUGUUGCCCUUUUCCACGCCAAAUAAGAAAAAUUGAAAGAGUAGCCUGAUGGAUGAAGUAAUUGAGGAAGCUGAAUAUUUCACCAAGAAUACUACCAUGUUGAAUCUGAAAAUAGAAGGCAGAGGAGGCCUGCAGAUACCAAACUUGCUUAUAUAUUUGUCCUCCAUUGUUGUUUUUGAUCACCUUAGAAAGGCACAGAUCUAAGAAUCUCUUUCUUUUGUUUUUGGGAAUUGUAACUUCAUCUUGAAGAUUUACUUUGAAAAGGCAUCAAUGUAGAAGAUCUCUUUACUUUUUUUAAGUCAAUAUCUAA